CUCCGAGUUGAGAAUGCGCUUGACCUUAUCGGAGCGCCUUGUAUCGGGGGUUGCGUUUGUCGUCAAAGCUCUGAUAAUUUCAAUUUCCACCAUGCUUUCUGCGAGUGUUACCACGGCAAGGAGGCUCCAGCGAGCUUUUUCGAAAGUUUUGUUUCGGUCGUCUUGUGAGGUUUUGAAGCAGUCACAAAAUCCUCGUUCGUUUUCAGUCUCCGAUGCACGGAUGGAUCCACAGAAACUGAGAGAUGAGUGGGGGAAACCUUCCUUCGAAGUCAUGAAAAUGACACGCUUACUAGAUCAUGACAAUCAUGAGAAAAAAGAGAAAUUCCGCAAAAUUUUGUCAGAAGACACCCUAAUGACUCCAAAAUACAACAUCACUGUGGACGAAGAAAGGGAGCUGGCGCUUAAACGGUUAAAGAAACUUUGUGAUCAAGGUUUUAUUUCUGUGUUGGAUUUCAAGAACAAUCCCUUGUGGAUCUUUUCUGCCCACGAAUUGGUAGCAGUUGUUGAUGCGUCCAUGGCCACCAAGAUGACCGUUCAGUUCAACCUAUUUGGUGGUACUGUUUUUAAAUUGGGAACGGACAGGCAUCACGAAAAACUUUUAAAGGUACAGAGUUGCAUAAGUUAAAUUUACGUCUGUUCAUCUUCUUCCUAUAAUCAUUUAGCGACCUAAGCAAUCACGGUGGCAACAUCAAGGAUAACCAUUAAUCUUAAAUGAGAAAAAGUCGCAUUUAAAAGCCGUUUAAGACUUUGUUUCAUUUAUCUUGUUUGACUGAAUAUUAAUGACCAGCGUUCAGUUUGUGUAGUAACUUCUUUCAAGUUCACAGACAAAAUUUUCAGCACAAUCUUGAAUAUCACCACUGCACGUUGUUAUGAUUGUAAAACGUUUGUGCCUGUAAAGUAUUGUACGCCUUCCCACUCAGUGAUUGCACGAGGACUCCUAAGAAGACCAUGUCACACAGACAAGCUGCUGCCUUUAACGGGUUCAAGAGAACUUGUGAAAAAUAGAAAUUAAUUGACUUUUGUGCCGUUGUUCCUAAAAUAAACAAAACAUUUUCCGUUUGAAAUUUUAGUCUCUGCAACUUUAACUGAAAUGAAAGUAAAGGUGAUGAUGAGCACCAAAGGUACAUUAUGCAAAGAAGCAAGGUAUUUCAAUUUUCAGAAAAAUCGCACUACACGUGCAUACUAAAAGUUUACAAUGCGGAAAAUUAAUACCAGUGAACUACUUGGAAAAAGGGUGCAUGCAAGUAAAGUUCUAUUCAACGACUCAGUUUUNCAUGCUUUCUGCGAGUGUUACCACGGCAAGGAGGCUCCAGCGAGCUUUUUCGAAAGUUUUGUUUCGGUCGUCUUGUGAGGUUUUGAAGCAGUCACAAAAUCCUCGUUCGUUUUCAGUCUCCGAUGCACGGAUGGAUCCACAGAAACUGAGAGAUGAGUGGGGGAAACCUUCCUUCGAAGUCAUGAAAAUGACACGCUUACUAGAUCAUGACAAUCAUGAGAAAAAAGAGAAAUUCCGCAAAAUUUUGUCAGAAGACACCCUAAUGACUCCAAAAUACAACAUCACUGUGGACGAAGAAAGGGAGCUGGCGCUUAAACGGUUAAAGAAACUUUGUGAUCAAGGUUUUAUUUCUGUGUUGGAUUUCAAGAACAAUCCCUUGUGGAUCUUUUCUGCCCACGAAUUGGUAGCAGUUGUUGAUGCGUCCAUGGCCACCAAGAUGACCGUUCAGUUCAACCUAUUUGGUGGUACUGUUUUUAAAUUGGGAACGGAGAGGCAUCACGAAAAACUUUUAAAGGUACAGAGUUGCAUAAGUUAAAUUUACGUCUGUUCAUCUUCUUCCUAUAAUCAUUUAGCGACCUAAGCAAUCACGGUGGCAACAUCAAGGAUAACCAUUAAUCUUAAAUGAGAAAAAGUCGCAUUUAAAAGCCGUUUAAGACUUUGUUUCAUUUAUCUUGUUUGACUGAAUAUUAAUGACCAGCGUUCAGUUUGUGUAGUAACUUCUUUCAAGUUCACAGACAAAAUUUUCAGCACAAUCUUGAAUAUCACCACUGCACGUUGUUAUGAUUGUAAAACGUUUGUGCCUGUAAAGUAUUGUACGCCUUCCCACUCAGUGAUUGCACGAGGACUCCUAAGAAGACCAUGUCACACAGACAAGCUGCUGCCUUUAACGGGUUCAAGAGAACUUGUGAAAAAUAGAAAUUAAUUGACUUUUGUGCCGUUGUUCCUAAAAUAAACAAAACAUUUUCCGUUUGAAAUUUUAGUCUCUGCAACUUUAACUGAAAUGAAAGUAAAGGUGAUGAUGAGCACCAAAGGUACAUUAUGCAAAGAAGCAAGGUAUUUCAAUUUUCAGAAAAAUCGCACUACACGUGCAUACUAAAAGUUUACAAUGCGGAAAAUUAAUACCAGUGAACUACUUGGAAAAAGGGUGCAUGCAAGUAAAGUUCUAUUCAACGACUCAGUUUUCGUACAAUGUACUAAAUGGGGAAGAGGGUUUCUUCCUGAAAGUCGGCAGACUGGAAUCAAAAGUGUUAACAUUGGAUACUUAGGUGCUUAGACCUACUGAUCGUAAAUGUCGACACACAAUCGUUUCUAAGUAUUCCAAAGAAAAGUUUUCAGUUACUCAGUCAGGUGUUGAUGAAAUAAAAAACAUUUUUGUCUUGGAAAGGAACAAAAAGGACCGAAGAACUCAUAAACUCAUGAGAACUGAUCAAAAGCUUCCCAGGUCAUAACUAAUAUUUCCAUUGUGUGGUCCAUGUGGUUUGUAAUAACAUCGUAUUUUUUACGCAGGGGCACACCAAGCCCUAGGAUUUCAAAUCUCAUGGAUAACAAUUUUUGAAUUCCUUACCCGGAGAUCAUUGGAAACCAUUGGUAACAAUUUUUUGGUUCGGUGAAAAUGCA